AUGAUCAGCGAGAAGCAAUUAACUGUGAACGCUGCUCAGAUGAAUAUACUAGUGGACAUUGCGUGGUGGAAGGGGCUGUUCUUUUUAGAAGCUCUACGGACGAGCCACUUUCCGAUUAGCAUUGAGUUGAGGGAGCUGGGGAAGAGUGGGGAGGAUAUUUUGUGGAUUAGAGUGUCUGGGAGUUCGAAUCCGAAUUCUCACAGGUGGUUAAUCCUGACCUUGAAGGUGGGGCUUUGCCGGACCCUAGAUUUCCCUCUUCUUAUUCAAAUUUCUGGCUCCCUAUUGACAGGUUGGAUAUCGUAGUGGUAAGUUAGCCGGUCUUUGGUUUAUCCUUUGACCUGGGUUUACCAAACCCUCUACCACACUUCUCCGAAGCUGAGAAGAAGGCUCCUGUUGUCACUGAUACCGUCCCGAAGUACGAACGUGCAAGGGAAGACAUGGGUAGCGCUGUGGUAGGUGCCGGUACUCUCGUGAAGCCAAUUGAUAUUGCUACUAGUAUCCAGGCAUCUAUAGACCCAGGGGCUCGGCGUUCAGUGGUGGUUAAGAUCCUGGGGCCAAAGGUGAAAUUCGGGCGGCUCAUCUAG